AAGUUUUUUGUUUUAUUUUGUACAUUAUUUCUGUUUCACUUCAUCUCUCUCUCUCUCAUCAUAUACCCACAUCUUUAGGGUUUAACCGGAAGAGGAAAUGGACAUAAGGUAUGAAAGUUAAAAACUUUAGCAACUCAUAUAUGACAUGGAAAGAACGCAAAAAGAUUGAAGGUGGGAGGAAGCCCCUCAAGAAUCAGAGAUUAUCGUUAAGUGUGGCACGGCCAAUGAUGAAGAAACAAAAUCAAAGAGAGAAAAAAAUGCUACAAGAGAUGAAGAAACAAAAGCAAAGAAAGAAAAAAAUCCUCCAAGAGCGUAUGAUUCUAGGACGAUUUGGGAGAAAGAUUGCCGGUAGCAGUAGCAGUAGCAGCAGGAAAAAAUCAGUUGGAAAACACAAACCCGAGGACAGGGGUUUGAAAUUAAGAGGCCGAUUUAGAAAUGACAUACUUGAUGUGAAUCAUCAUUUGUUGAAGUCAACACCCACAAGAGGUAUGACACAAAGUUUUAUUGGACUUGCUUUUAUGAUGGCAUCAUGUUCCAAGCCGGCAAAGGAAAAUAAAGCAAAAGAGGAGAGAACAAAGGGGUCAAAUUGGCUUGAACUUCCUAGAGAAAUAACAGCAAACAUCUUAGAGAGGCUUGAUGUCGUUGACAUUUUGAUAGGUGCAAGUUCAGUGUGCUCUCUUUGGUGGAAGAUAUGUAUGGAUCCUUUCAUGUGGCGUACCAUUAUUAUGAACAAUAUCUGCUUUACAUCCAACGUUAUGGUUGAGAUUUGUUACUCUGCUGUUGAACGAAGUUGCGGUCAAUUGGAAGACAUUGAAAUUGUGUCUUUUUGCACCGACGAUCUACUUAUAUAUAUAGCUGACCGUGGAAGCAACCUACGACGCAUACGGCUUACAGAAUGUCAGUAUAUUUCAUACAAUCAGUUUAGUGAAGUUGCAAACAAAUUUCCACUGUUAGAAGAACUUGAUAUUUCAUUUAGCAACUUAUCCGAGGAUUCUCUUGAAAUCAUUGGUCGGUGUUGCCCACUUUUGAAAUCACUAAAAUUUAGCAGGACGUUCUACACAUACAUCAAGGGGAAUGAUGAUGCGUUUGCUAUUGCAAAAACCAUGCCUAAGCUACGCCAUCUUUCGAUGUCUGGAAACUUACUCACUAAUGUCGGGUUGGAUGCCAUUCUUGAUGGAUGCCCCCUUCUUGAAUCUCUUGACCUGCAAAAUUGUUUUCAUCUUGAUUUGAGCGGUAGUUUGGGGAAAAGGUGUCGUGAUCAGAUCAAAGACUUAGUACUUCCGAUUGUCAUAGAUGAAAAUUGUGAUGAUGAAGAUAACGAUUCUUUUUAUUUGGACAGUCCAAUUGAAAAUGAGGCUUGAAUUGGCCUGAUUUGGAGAUGAUGAGCCUAGGUUAGUGGUUUGAUUUCUUGGAAGUUUAUUUGCCUAAACUGAAGAUAUAAUUGAUUCAAUGAGACUCUGCGAGUAAGUCAUAUUGUAUCAGAAAAAAAAAGCUUGAGUUUUUGCAACAGGAUGGCACUGAAUUAUCUAUGUUUUAAUCUGGUUAAUGAGUUUUUGCUAUUAUUAGAUGAGGUUUGAGAAACUGGAGUGACUGCUAGUCCAUAACCUUCAUUGAGCUAAGGUAUUUGUUAUGUUAAUAUAUUUUAGAAAGUAUAAGACCUACUGUAAUUCAAGAGGAUAUGCAAAGUUGAAGGUUUUAAAUUUUGUGCACCGUAACUAUAAAAUUAUUUUUUACACGCAUCCAAUAAUGUGAUGUGACAAUUGACAUGUCAUGUGGUUUUAAACAAAUUAUUUGAUUUGUUAAUAUGUUAUUAUGUUAUACAGAUAGUGGAUAGAAAUUAAACUUAAAGUUUGAUAAAAA